CAAACAGUCGAACACGAACGAUUCGAAGUAAUUGUUUAACGCGGAAUCGUCUAGUUUUUGACAAAGCUAAGAAUUCUUAUAGAAAGUAUUAAUUGCAUGAAUAUCAUUAAGGAUAAAAUUACAUUGGAAGAGAUGAAAAUAAUUGCAAUUGAUAUAAAGGAUAUUCGAUUUCCGACCUCGUUAAGAUCCGAUGGAAGUGACGCAAUGCACACAGAUCCAGAUUAUUCUUGCGCUUACGUUACGAUAAGGACAAAUGACAAUAUCGAGGGUUACGGUCUCACGUUUACCUUAGGCCGAGGAACUGAAAUUAUCGUCGUGGCUUGCAAAGCGUUAUCAAAACUCGUUUUAGGAUGUAACGUUCAAGAUAUAUUCGAUGACUUUGGAUCCUUUUGGAGAAAACUGACGAGUGAAACUCAAUUGCGAUGGCUCGGACCCGAGAAAGGAGUAAUCCAUUUAGCGACAUCGGCAAUCGUCAACGCUCUAUGGGAUUUGUGGGCUCGCAUCGAGAAGAAACCUCUUUGGAAAUUGUUGGUCGACCUCUCCCCGGAGCAACUGAUUUCGACAAUCGAUUUUCGAUACACUAGCGACGCGCUGAGCAAGGACGAGGCGAUCGAAAUGCUGAGGUCGGAGCUAGCGAUGCGAGACAGCCGCGAGUCCUGCCUAUUAAGAGACGGUCUGCCCGCGUACACGACCCAGGUCGGCUGGCUUGGCUAUGGGGACGAGGAGGUGCGCGCGCUCUGCGCCAAGUUUCUCGACCUCAAGUUCGAGGCUUUUAAGACGAAAGUCGGACUGAGUACGGAGGCGGACGAGCACCGGUGCCAGCUGAUCCGCGAGGUCAUCGGCUACGAGAGGAUGCUGAUGCUCGACGCUAACCAGGUUUGGGACGUCGAUGAGGCGAUCGACCGAAUGCGGACGCUAGCCAAGUUCCGGCCAAUCUGGAUCGAGGAGCCGACCUCGCCGGAUGACGUCCUAGGCCACGCGAGGAUCGCCCGUGAGCUACGACCCCUCGGGAUUGGGAUCGCGAGUGGCGAGAUGUGCCCCAACAGGGUCGUGUUCAAGCAGAUGCUGCAGGCCGAGGCGCUCGAUUAUUGUCAAAUCGACUCGGCCAGAAUCGGAGGCGUCAACGAAAUAUUGGCCGUUUACCUCAUGGCCAAGAAAUUUAACGUGCCCAUUUGCCCACACGCUGGUGGUAUAGGUCUCUGCGAGAUGGUUCAGCAUUUACAAAUGUGGGACUUUAUUUCGUUACAUGGGAGUAAGGAGAAGAGAUUCAUAGAGUACGUCGACCAACAGCACCAACACUUUGAGAACCCUGUGAUUAUAAAGGAUGCUUGUUAUAUGCCUCCGAGCAUGCCCGGUUAUUCUACAAAGUUGACGGAUUCGUGUUUACGUAAUUAUGCUUAUCCCAAUGGUAAGGAAUGGCAACGUAUGUUCAAAGAAGGAACUUAUCCAGCACCGUCCGAUUAGAGUACUAGCUACAAGGAGAG